AUGUCCAUAUUGAUGCUUUGUUUUAUAGUUGUGGAGGGGGCACACUUUUUAUUACAAGACAUAACCGUUGAGAACUCGACCGGACCGGGCACCCAAGCAGUGGCUUUGUACUGUCAUGCUGAGUAUGCCAUUUUUUACAAGUGCAAGAUAACAGGGUAUCAAGACACAUUAUUUGCAGACAGCACACAACAAUUUUAUCGAGAAUGUGACAUCUACGGCACAGUCGAUUUUAUUUUUGGAGAUGCAAGGGCAUUAUUCCAAAACUGCAAUCUGUUUGCCCGUGAUACUGGCGCGGUGUUCACAGCCCAUUCUCGGGAUAGUGUGAAGGAAUCCUCGGGAUAUGUGAUUCAAAAUUGCUCUCUAAAAGCUUCGCCAGAAAUUGCAACCAACGUAGCAACCAACAUCUCGGAGAUGAACGCCUAUUUGGGACGACCAUGGAGAAAAUUCUCCACAGUGAUUGUCAUGGAAUCGUUCAUUGACGCCAUAUUCAACCCAUUGGGAUGGGAGCCGAUGGGAGGUUCUCACGGCGAGCUCGUGACAUACCGAGAGUACAACAACCGAGGAGGUGGCGCAAACGUGACGGGACGAGUGAAAUGGAAAGGAUACAAGGUUAUAAGGCACCAUGAGGAAGCAAUGCAAUAUACAGCGAGAAACUUUAUUGACGGGAAUACUUGGAUUCCCCAAACCGGUGUCCCGUACUAUGGAGGUUUAGCAUUUACUUAGAUGGA